UGAGGAGGACUGUGACGUGGUGAUUGGUUACCUAUCUGCUGCAUCUUUGAACACUUUAACAUUAACUACAUUGUGAUUAAGUGGCCGCGUUUCUGCGACACAGACGGACGGGUUGUAGUGUUCGUGGAGUAAAAAGUUCCUCCUGCUGUUUAAGCUUCAUUGGACAGUCUGCUGUGUGAUCCUAUCUGCUGUGACUGACUGACCAGGACUGAGCCAGCAGCGCCAGCAUGAAGCUCUACAGCCUCAGUGUCAUUUAUAAAGGCACGACCAAAGCCAACCUCCUCAAAGCGGCCUCCGACCUCUCCUCCUUCAGCUUUUUUCAGCGCUCCAGUGUUCAGGAGUUCAUGACCUUCACCAGUGCCUUGAUUGUUGAACGGACAUCACAUGGAACUCGUGCCUCUGUCAAAGAACAAGAGUACCUGUGCCAUGUGUAUGUAAGAAAUGACAACCUGAGUGCUGUGGUCAUAGCUGACACUGAGUACCCACAGAGAGUCUCGUUCACAUUGCUAGACAAGGUUUUAGAGGAGUUCUCCCGGCAAGUGGACAGUAUAGAUUGGCCCUCUGGUAAUCCUGACACCAUAAACUACAAAUCCCUGGAUAUUCACCUUGCUAAAUACCAGAACCCCAGAGAAGCAGAUGCAAUGACCAAAGUGCAGGCAGAGCUGGAUGAGACAAAGAUCAUUUUGCACAACACCAUGGAAAGUCUUCUGGAGCGAGGUGAGAAACUGGACGAUCUUGUGGCCAAAUCAGAGCACCUGGGAAACCAGUCCAAAGCCUUUUAUAAAACUGCACGGAAACAGAACUCGUGCUGUGAAAUCAUGUGAUGUCGCUGCCUCGUCCUCGUGGACACGCCUCUCUCUGCCUUUCUGCUUUUUUCCUACAACCCCCAUCAUAAACCAGCUCUCGACACAAAGGACAGAACGGACGCUGUCUGAUCCAGGAUGGGGCGCCAGGAUGAGAGGGUGGAUGGUGGUGGCCAUUCUUAAUGUUGACCUAUCUGUAUUGUGGCUGAUGGGGGCUGAAGGAGUGAUGGGGUUUGGUCAGGGGAAGAAGAAGAAGUAACAUCUGAAUUAAUUUUAACCAUUCAAAGGGUAAACAUCUGUGUGGUGUUUCAAUACCAGCUGAGGACAUAAUAGUGUGAUGUUGUGUAUUGGUGAUGUGUUGUUAAAAUGUCUUUAAACCAUUUAAUGUUAUUCAGAUUGAAUCAAAUCUUCAUAGUUUGAUCUCAACUCAAUUUUUUUUCUAAAGUGUUAACUACAGCUGUGCUUUUGCUUAAAGGCAAAUCUGACAAUCUCACAGUCUUGUGAAUUAAUACAGUGUAUCAAAGUUUUGGUUAAAUUCUUCAAACCCUUUUCUUCUAGGCGUAACCUGUUCUGCCUCUAGGUGGCCCCGUUUGUUUACUUCAUUGUUUCAAUGAAGCCUCCAUGUUAAGGUUCAAUUAAAACUCUGAGAGCACAGACAGAUUGUGGCUGCUUGGAGCCGUGAUAUCAAACUCAUAGAAUAUUACAAUGAUUUUAAGACAUUGCUGUACUGGAUUAAGUUACAUUAUUUUCUUGCUUUACUCUAACUCAUGGUGUUAAAUUAAAUCUUAAACAUUC